UCCAUUCUGGUUUUAAGGACAGUCAUAUUUUAGUGGAACUGUUAAAUGGUAAGCAUAGUUAACCCCUCUCUUUCUCUGGUCAGCUCUGCAGAUUUGUAUAUCAAAUACCAUUUCCAUCCAUACGUCAACUCUGGACACCCUGAGAUGAAGCCACUGAGAAUAAAAGCAAAUAAACAAGGGGUUCUAGUAAGUUCUACGGAUGAGAUUACACAGAAGUACUGCCUUCUAUCCAAAGACGGUCAGUUUUUUCUACCUCCUACCAAAUCUGCUUUGGAUCACCACAGAAUAGUCAUAACAACUACUGCAAUGGCAAGACACUUCAAUGACCUAAAGCUUUCCGAUGGCUACUUCACCCACAUCCUGAUUGACGAAGCCUCCCAGAUGCUCGAAUGUGAAGCCCUAAUGCCCCUUGGUCUGGCAGGGCCAGUAACUCAGGUGGUUCUAGCUGGAGAUCACAUGCAGAUGGGACCAAAACUAUUUUUAACGGACGAUGACCAACACUCCAAUCACUCUUUGCUGAACCGCCUGUUCCACUUCUAUCAAGGCUGUGAAAGUAGUACAGCUUUGAAAAGCAGAAUAUUUUUUCACGAGAACUAUCGCAACACAAAAGAGAUAGUAGAAUUUGUGUCCACUCACUUCAACGUUGGCAAGUCGGAUGCCAUCAAGGCUGUUGGUAAUGUUCCAGCUCAUCCGAACAGCCACCCUUUGAGGUUUCACCAUGUCAGAGGAGAAUCCCACUUGGACACCGCAUCCAUGUCAUGGUUUAAUCUUGACGAGGUUGAAUGCGUGGUUGAAAUAGUGCAAAAUCUGCUCAGAGAUUGGCCAAUCGCAUGGGGGAAUCAUGACCAAAGCUCAAUCUGUGUUCUCUCUGAACGAUGCCAGGUUUCAAUGAUCAGAAAAGAGCUUCAGAAAAGAUUCCUUGGCCGAGUGACUGUGGAGAACAUAUCCAAUGUUCAAGGCAAACAGUUCAGAGCAAUAGUAAUGACUGCCGUUCAAACCCGUGACAGCCUUCACCCUCCUGACUCAUAUUGUGUGGAGUUUUUCAACGAUGCUCGCAUGCUGAACACAGCCAUGACUAGGGCUCAAUCCCAGGUUGUUGUGGUUGGAGAUGCUGCUGCGCUUUGCUACUUUGGGAAGUGCUCAAGAAUCUGGAGAAGCUACAUUCACCAUUGUAUUAGCAAGGGAAGUGCUGAACCGAAACACCUUACCAAUGACUUCAUUGAUGGCGAUAUCAAGGAAAUCUCAAGAUUCCAAAGGACAGAAUAUCUGGAUGAGAGUAGCACUCAGUCAGUUAUGUUCGAUACAGAGAACAACAUUGAUGCUAUUCUCCAAGAACUACAAGAGGAGCAAAACAGGGCAGACUACACACUACUGGAACGAAAGAGACUAUACGAUAGUGCCAAAGUUGAAAGAGAUGCCUUGUUGCAGAGAGAGCAGCCCAAUGUGUACAAGCGAGGUGAAUUGGUCAUGGAGAAACAUAAUGCAGGUUAUAUCAUUCCAUUUGACAACCCAACUAACCACAUUAUAAUCAAAGGUAGAGGUAACCUCGGCAAGUCCUUCAGUGGUGAUGAAGUGGUGGCCGAAGUAGUUCCUUGUGAGGGUAUUCCACAAGGAAAAGUGUUAGGCACCAUCAAGGCAGCUGAAUCCCGUCGUGUGUUUGCUUGUACCCUUGACGUUGAAGAUUACCAGAAACCCAAAACGAAGACUGAAUAUCAAUUCCUCAGAAAAAUUAUGGUACCACUCAACACAAACACCACCAAAAUAUGUACCUUGGUCAGCAAGAAGAGCCACAAUUUAAUUCCAAUAUGGAAGCACAAUGAUGGAGAAUGGGAGAUUGUCAGAUAUCAUCAACUUGAUAAAGAAAUCAAACGCAAUCAUGUAUUUAUGGUGGAAGUGUUUUGCUGGAAAACGAAAACAGAAAACAAAGGAAACUAUGCCUAUCCGUUAGGGAAGGUGAUAGACAUUCUUUCCAUAGGAUCUUCUUUGGAGGAGGGCUUAAGGAUUUUGGAUGCAGAAUUUAAUGUUCAACCGUUGCCUCCCAGCCAUGUUUUAGCUGAACCAUGUACCUGGAAAGACACCCAAAAUAGUAACAGAAAGGACCUCCGAAAGUUUAUUACUUUCACUGUUGACCAAAAGAAAUCCCUAGACUUGGAUGAUGCAAUCAGUGUCAUUGACAUGGAAAGCCAUUAUGAGGUUGGAGUCCACAUAGCAGAUGUGGCAAGUUUCGUGAAUCUUGGCGCUUCGUUGGAUGAUGCUGCACAAAAACAUGGUGCAACAUUUUACAGCCCUAGAGAAGAACCUGUUUACAUGUUCCCAAAACCAGUUCGCAUCUACCACUUGAGUCUCCUGCCUGGUAUAGAUCGAAAGGUAGUUUCGUUAAUGGUAAAAGUGGACAAGGCAACACACAAAAUCACUGAAAAGAAAUUCCAGCUUUCGCAAAUCAAGUCCGAUAGAAAGUUGUCUUAUGACGAGGCAGAGGACAUCAUCAGUAAGCGGUCAGGAGAAGAGGCCAAGUUUGAUACUUUAGAAGACUGUGUUUCUGUGGCAUAUCGUUUUGCCAAAGUCCAAAGGAAGGCCAGGCUUGGCAAGGAUUGGAGCUAUAGACAAUUGGACGAUCACCAGAAGCCAGGGAAGAGGAGAUCCAGUCAGAUGAUUGAGGAGCUUAGUGUACUGUUCAACCAUUCUGUGUCUCAAUUUUUGAUCAAUGUAAAUGAAACCAUGUUCUGCACUCCACUCCGAUGUCAAGUAAGCCCUGACCCUGAAAUGUUAGAAGACUUGAAAGAGCGAUACAAAGACAUCAUACCACUGUCCUUACACCUGAGGCACAACCUUGACAAUGACAUUCAACUUGACCAGGAUGCCAUGGAGAGCAAAAGCUUCUACGUGCUAACAUCAAUAUGGAAUGAGAUCCUGUCAGCUACCAAGAAAAAGGAAGUUGACACUGACACAAUGAUUGAUCUGAUUGGUACAGAUGACAUCUACCCCCAGCUCCUUCCAGUGAUAUAUGAGUUUAGGAAGUGUCUUGACGAAGCCUACGUCAUCCGCUCCAAUUCAUCCCGGGAAAAGGUUGGGCACUAUUCCUUAAAACUUGAGUCAUAUACACAAGCAUCCUCGCCCAUACGUCGCUACAUGGACAUUAUCCUGCAAAGGCUUUUGCAUUCAGUCCUAAGCGGCACUCCGGUCCAAUAUUCUCCACAAGAGAUUGACAUUCUGUGUCAGAAGAUUGAAGACAGCUACAAGAAGGCCAAUGAGUAUGAAAAGAAGGCUACGAUGAUAUCUUUCGCCAUCAACAUGAAGAAACAAAAUUCUCUGAAGUUAGCAUUUGUUGUUGGUGUAGCAGCAGGAGACAGUUUCAAGCUGUCAUUUCCGUUCGACAGGCACUCUUUUCCAGAGUGUUUGCCUGUUAGGUACAGAGAUUUGCAACCGAAGGAUCAACCACUGUACGAUUCAAGUGGGAACCAAAUGACUCUGACAUGGAGAAGACGAGUGUACUCAAUUGACACUAAAAAAGGUGCAAAGUUCAGCUGCCUGCAUCAAGCUCCCACAAAAGACUUGGCAAGCCAUUACCAUGCCCACAAACGUGCAGACUGUCCAUCCAAGAGUGAAUAUAGCAACGCAAGAGAGUAUGAAGUUUCGGAAGUUCCACUCAAAUACAUUAAAGAAUGGGCCAUUGAAUUCGACCUUAGCAAGUGCUUUCUGUGCAUCCGAAAAAGGGGAUUGAAACUGACUUCAAUCCCUGACCAAUCAGAGGAAGUAGUCGACCCUAAGAAUUACACAUGGGUGGCACAUGGUGUUACAACCAACUUUGAAGAACCAAAAAACAACCAAAAUCAAGCCAGAAAAGUGCACUUCUACAUCAACCACUUGCCAAUGGAUACCAUUCCAGAGUGUGUCUACCAGAGAAAGACCACAUACACGGUUGAGAUAAUCCCAAAGCUUCUGACAGACGUACGUAAAGAAAUGGCUGUGAACAACAUUGUGUCUGCAAAUGAGCUUGUUCAGAAAAUAGCCCUAGGACAACACGUUCCAAAAGGAGCUUCGCAAUCUUUUGUACCACCACGGUACCAACUCAUGAGGGAAAAGGCACCAGAGGGUCUCCCAGAGCUGAAUAAGAGUCAAAUUGAUGCAGUGGAGAAAGCUCUGAAUAACAACUUCACAAUCAUACAAGGGCCACCUGGGACUGGAAAGACUGUUUUAGGAGUUUACAUUGUGUACUGGUUCCUUGUGAUGAACUCCAAAAAACCCAGGAUAUUUGAAAAUCAGAAGGACAAGGACAAGAAAGAAGUUAUUCUCUGCUGUGGUCCUUCCAAUAAGUCUGUCGAUGUGGUUGCUGAGUGCCUGGUGAAGUUUGGAGACAAGUUGAAGCCCCUCAGGGUGUACAGCCGACAACUGGAGAUGGCGGAGUACCCUUACCCAGAGAGUGUCCUUCAGCUCUCUCCCAGGUCACUUCGCCAUGAGCGGUCCAAGGCAGAACUCCGAAAUAUUACCUUGCAUCAUCGCAUACGGGAAGAACAAAAUCCACAUUCCACGGAAAUAAAAGAGUUUGACCACAGAAUAAAGUUAGCAAUAGAAUCAAAGGGAGAGGAGUUGACAGCAGAAGAAGUUGAGGACUACAAAAGUCUUCUGAAUAAAGCUCGUGUGCAUGAGCUGCAGAGGCACGAUGUCAUUCUGUGCACCUGUACAGCAGCCUCUUCUCCUAACCUAACUAAAACAGUCAGUGCACGCCAGAUUCUUAUUGAUGAAUGUGCCAUGGCAACAGAACCUCAGGCCCUCAUCCCAUUGGUCAGCAACAAACCAGAAAAGAUUGUGUUGCUCGGUGACCACAAACAGCUACGUCCCAUCGUUAAGAAUGACCUUCUGAGGAAGUUGGGGAUGUCAAAGUCUCUGUUUGAGCGUUACUUUGAGUACCGGUCCCAGACAGUGAUGCUGGAUACCCAGUACAGAAAGCAUGAAGAUAUAUGCAAGUUCCCAUCGGAGGAAUAUUAUGGAGGAAAACUGAAGACUGAAGUGAAUCACUCAAGCAGUGUCCUUCAGGCUGACAGCCAACAGAAGCACAUUGUUUUCGGGAACGUCAUUGGAGAGGAGGUCAGCCUGGUUGUGAGCACAGAAAAGGGAACUGAAAACUCCAAAGCGAAUAGGGCGGAGAGAGAUGUAGUGAUCCGGCUCGCCAAAGAACUGGUAACAGAAUCCCAAAUAAAACAACAGAAUAUUGCAAUUCUAUCACCCUACAACGCCCAGGUGUCUGGACAUGCCAAGAGAUACUUCUUUCAAACAUCCUGGACUCAAUAAAUCAGUGAAAGGGACUCUUUACUUUUGGAAGACUGUGAAACGUCUAUUGUGACACAUGUGAAGAAAGGGGAAGCAUUCCACCCAACUGCAGUUCGUAUACUGCAAAUGGAAUCUUGUUUACUAUACGGUUCUCAACCUACAGCAUAUUGUUACAGGGAAUGUUUUACUUGGCCUGAAAUAUUUUCGAUAAAGAGACUAAUGAUGACACGUACUCUAUUUGUAUUGAUAUAUGUUUUGUUAUAUCUGCUGCUUUGUAGUAGAGUGUUUGUUUGCAUGGAAUAUGUUUAGGUUGUGGUGUCAUGCUCGUUUGCGCAGAACGCCGCAAACGGUUGGCACUGUGUAUCCAGACACUUUUGAAAAAAAUACACCUUGGGCUCUCGUUGCCCUAUUAAGUCUGCAUGUUUCACUGACACCCCACCAUCUUGCCCCAUCUUCAACUGACAAAACAAAUUACCCUAGCGCAAGCCCAUACAGAUUUUCAUCCAGUUUUGAUAAAACUUGUGCAUAUUCUCCAUCACUAGAGAAGGCAUGGCAUAGAAUGGUGAGCAAAUUGUUGAAUUUGAAAUUCAGUGGACUUAAAAUGAACAUUUGUACAGAUACUCUGUGCAGCCUUGCUCCCCCCCAAUUGGAAAUGAUAAUGAAAUCCAAGAAGCCUAAAUUUGAGAACAUAAACACUUUUUCUUUAUGCCCGCCGUGCCUAAAAGUGGGCUAGAGAUGAUCAUUUGAUUUUUCUUUAUUUUGGCACUUUCUUCUUUGAGUAACUUGUCCUUUUGUCAAUAUUUCUGUUUGGAAUUCCUUUUUAAAGCCAAUGGGUGAGAUUCGAUUGAUGCUGAGGAGCGGACAUGAAGAUAUUAUGUCAUAUAAGAGACUCGCCCAGUAGUAUGUCAAAAACCUGUUUAAGGUGAACCGCACUUUUACGUUUAGGGUCGGUUUCCUAGACACAGAUCAAGCAUAGUCCAUUUCUAAAAAGCAUUCUCAAUGGAGAUUCUCCAUUUCAAAGUGCUUUCUAGUCCAGGACUUGGCUAAAUCUGUGUUUGAGAAACCGGACCCUGAUUGCUAUGAGAGACCGGCCACCACCCUACUCCACCUCUCCUUUCCUAAGUCAAAUAUAUAUGAAUUGGUCAUGAUUUCCUUGUAUUUUGUUAACUGCUUUUGCCUUUUUACACUUUACGUAAGAGCAGCAUAUUUAUUUAUUUGAUUCUGUUUAAAGAUUCUUUGUUCAAA